AGAACCUUGUGGCCAUGGGGACCCAGAGGGGAAGUGGUGACAGGGACGGAAGACCAGACCUCCCCCAGGCUCACUCAUCUGUGAUGUGAGAGAGAACAAAAGCAAGAGAAAGCGGGUUGAGGGGCAGCAGCCAGCAGCUCUGAUUGGGACCCAGGACCACAUCUCAGACACCAGGUCACCAGGUCUCCUCGGCUCCCAGCAGGCUCAGCCGCAGAAUCGAUGAGGAAACUGAGGAAAAGAAGCGAAGUACUUUAUCCGAGGGCACAAAGCUAACACUUUGCCGAGCCAGGACUGGAAUUCAGUAAAGACUCCUUGGCAAGCCCAGCAGAAUCUGAAGGACUCGCUCCAUGGAGAGCUGCUCAGCGACGAAGGCAGCCAACAGCUCCAAGAACGGCUCGGACUUCAACCCCAUGAAGGAUUACAUGAUUCUGAGCAGACAGCAACAGAUCGCCGUCGCGGUGCUGUGCACCCCCCUGGGCCUGCUGAGCGCCCUGGAGAACUUGACUGUGCUCUACCUGAUCCUGUCCUCCCGCCGGCUCCGCAGGAAGCCCUCAUACCUGUUCAUUAGCAGCUUGGCUGGGGCUGACUUCCUGGCCAGUGUGGUCUUUGCCUGUAACUUUGUGAAUUUCCACGUCUUUCAAGGCGUGGAUUCCAAGGCUGUCUUUCUGCUGAAGAUCGGGAGCGUGACCAUGACCUUUACAGCCUCUGUAGGCAGCCUGCUGCUGACCGCCAUUGACCGCUACUUCUGUCUGCGUGACCCACCUGCAUACAAAGCCCUAGUCACCCGUGGGAGGGCACUGGUGACCCUGGGCAUCAUGUGGGUCUUCUCAGCACUGGUCUCCUACCUGCCCCUCAUGGGGUGGACUUGCUGUCCCAGUCCCUGCUCUGAGCUUUUCCCUCUGAUCCCCAAUAACUAUCUGCUGGGCUGGCUCCUGUUCAUCGCCUUCCUCUUCUCUGGCAUCUUCUAUACCUAUGGGCACGUCCUCUGGAAGGCCCAUCAUCACGUAGCCAGCCUGGCUGAGCACCAGGACAGGCAGGUGACAGGAAUGAGGCUGGAUGUGAGAUUGGCCAAGACGCUGGGGGUGGUGCUGGCCGUUCUCUUCAUAUGCUGGUUCCCAGCACUAACCCUCAUGGCCUAUAGUCUGGCCAGCACUCUAAGUGACGAGGUCAAGAAGGUCUUCGCCUUUUGUUCCUUGCUUUGCCUUGUCAACUCCCUGGUCAACCCCAUCAUCUAUGCCCUGCGGAGUAAGGAGAUCCGUUCCUCUGCCCACCACUGCCUGGACCGCUGGAAGAAGCAUCUGAGAGGCCACGGGCUUGAAGAGGCCCAAAGGUCCUCAGUCACUGAGACAGAGGCUGAUAUAAAAAUCACCCCGUGGUCAGAUUCUAGGGUUCUGUCUUCUCUGGUUGCUGAUGAGGCCUCUUUCAUAGUUUUGAACAAGUCAGGUCAGAAAUCAUUUCACUCCCUGGAAGAGAGAGAGCAGUCUUAACCCUCUCAUCUCACUGGAACCAGCCCCAGAGGCCUGAACACUUAAACUUCUUUGCUGGUGAGUGUUGGCACCGACCCCAGGAGGGUAGCCUGGUCACGCCUAUCUGCACACAGUCUGCUGGACAGCUACAUCCUGUGAGGAGUGGCGAGGUGGGCAGGAGGACAGACGCCUGGGACAGGCUCAGUGCACGUCAGGUCAGGAAAGUUUUCUUAACAAGAUGGCCCAGUGCCUGCAUUCUCCGGAGACCAAAGGACCCAGAGGGAGCCUUGAAGCUCAGCAAUGAGGGGCUCAGAGAAAAUUUGAGAAGAAUGGCUUAUUCUCCUGGGAUCUCAGGGUAUGAAUGGAUGGAUAGCCAGCUCUUAUUCCUGCUUAGUUGUCGGGCCCUUCUUGGUUGUGGGUCACCCUUGUCCACCAGGGACCUUUUUAGGUCACCCUACCCCACUGAGGACCAAAAACUGUGAUGUGAUGAAAAUUACAGGUGUUGGUCCACCUCGUUCAGAAGUAACCGAUAGCCCUCCAGGUAAAGGCGUCUUGUUAUUAGGGUGAUGGCCCUUCUCGACCACUGAUAAUCCCCACUCACAGCUGUGUGACCCCUUAGGUGUCUGGGGAAUAUGGAGGCUGGGAUCGCUGGAGACAGAAUCUUCAGAGAAUGUUAUUGACCAUGUGAAGUGCUAUUGGGUGGCACCACUGGAAGCAGGCAGCAUCCCAGUCUAACCCACCUCCAAGAAAAGGAAGACAUUCACAAAGAUUUCAUACAUCCCUCAACUCGCUCUCAUUUCAGGCCUUUUGUCUCCUCCACGCCUCUAGGACAAAUAAGAAACAGAGCAAGGAGGAAGAGGGGGGGAGUGCCUUUACUAUGUGCUAAGCACAGGGCUGACAGCCCACGGUCCAUUAUCUCCAGCAAGAUUACAGCCCCAGUGCUUUUGAAGAUCCCUGGACACUGUAUUUUACAUAUCAGGGAGGCCUCAAACAGUAGGCAAGAGAAAUUGUUGGUGGCGGCCAGAUUGCGGGAAUUCUAACGCAAUUAUUUGGGACCAAAGACAGAAUAAAAGGGAAGAAAUGAUUAAAUAUAUCUUCAUUCAAUAUUUUGUAAGACAAUGUGUCCACUAUUCAUUCAUUCACUGUUUCCCCCAUCUCCUAAAUGCACUCCAGGGUGUGUGCCAGGUCCUGGGUGUUCAUAAAUAAGACUCUGCCCCUGUCUAAUGGGGUUGACGUUCUCCAUUCUGGUGGGGAGAGCGCCAAUAAAUGAAUAAGUAAUUUCGGGCAGUACAAUGAAAGGUAUCAUCGGGAUCCAGUGAUAGGGAUUAAUUGAGGCAGGAUAGACCUACUAGGUGCUCUUAAGUCUUUACUAUGUGCCAGGCACUGGGCUAAGUGCUAUUU